AUGGAUUCGCGAGAUCGUAGGAGUGAUGCUGGGAGUAAAAAGAAAUAUAGAGACGAAGAGCGUCGAGGUGGUGGACGCGAACGAAGACAAGAACGUAUCAGGGGUUAUGGAGAAGUUCAAGAGCAGUCCAUAGAAGAUAGUCCUGAGAAGAGAUUGGCGACGCUCCUCAUUGUAUUAGGCGAUAAGAUGACUCUUGAAGAAAUUCAUAAAAAUAUAGAAAAAUUUGCGGGCGUUAUCCUAGACGAAUAUUCUAAAUAUGAAACACAUAUUCUGAAGACCCUUAAGAAUUGUUUUAUGGAAUUACCAAUGAAAUCAUCUAUAUACGGCACUCUUGUCGGUCUCAUGAACGCCAAAAGGUCUGAUAUUGGUGCAGCAGUGGUAAAAAUGACUUCGCAAACUUUACAACAGUGUUUAUACGAAGGGAAUUGGCGAGGUGCGAAAUUGGCACUUAAAUUUUUCGCAGAAUUGACGAACGCAAACGUUAUACUGCCUAGAACCAUGUUGGAUCUUUAUGAUGAUUUGUUGACUACUCUUGAUGGAUCAAAUGUGAAAAUGGUAGCAGCACGACUGCGCGAGAGGAGUCCGGCGUUGUUAGAUACCAUACUAUCUAAAACUGAACGGUACCUUGAAGCAAGAGAAAGGACUAUCACGGAAGUUAACGGUUCUAUCGUCCUUCAAUCCGUCACACCAUAUUUUGGCAUAAAUGUUCCAUAUGAGCAGUUGGAUACACUUGAAUUACUAUGGACGCAGAUACAGAAUUUAAAACAAAAAGAUUGGGCG